AUGGCACAGCCCAGGAACGAGGACAUUGUGCAACUGGAGCUUGGGAAUCAGAAGGCGAAUGAUGUUCACGCUGAGACCAUUGAAGCGAUCGAUGCGACAGAAGGUGGACGGGACAAGGCCGCUGAAUUGCUGAAGAAAGCCGGGCAUUCGGUAGUGGUCACGCCAGAAGAGAACAAACGAAUCCUGAGCCUGAUCGAUUGGCAUAUCUUGCCCAUUAUUCUCUUCAUAUACUGUCUGCAAUCUCUGGACAAGACUGCGCUGAGUUAUGCAUCCGUCUUCGGCAUCAUCGAGGACCUGAAUCUGGUCGGUCAAGAGUACAGCUGGUCGGGAGCAAUUGUAUAUGUCGCCCAGCUGGUAUGGCAGCCGAUCGUUGCGUAUUUCUUGGUCAAGCUGCCGCUCGGCAAGUUCUGCGCAACGAUGGUUUUCUGCUGGGGAGCCACGCUAUGCGGAAUGGUGGCAUCAAAGAAUUUCGGCGGGCUCAUGGCUUCACGUUUCGUGUUAGGCAGCUUCGAGGCCUCGGUCGCCCCGACAUUCAUUGCUCUCCCUCGACAGACAAUCUUCCUCUUCUACGGCUUGUUGACAGUAGCUUUCUCGUUCGUUGUCUUUAUAUGGCUCCCAGACUCUCUAAUGCAAGCUCGUUUCCUGAAGGGUGACGACAAGUUAAUGGCAAUCGAGCGACUCCGCAUAAAUCAGAUAGGGAUUUCGUCAGGCAUCUGGUUCUGCAUGUUAACGGCUGUUAGUAUACCCUCGGGUAGAAUCUCGACGUUUGGUCCGCUCAUCGUUAAGUCGUUCGGCUUCGACAGCUUUACGACCAUUCUGUUCAAUAUGCCUUUCGGCGCUUCGCCCGUUCUAGCAGCACUCUGCAUACCGCCAAUCAUCGGGAUCUCGCUGCUGCUUAAGAUAGAGCACACCGAGGGCAACAAGGGCGUGCUCUUGUUCGCGUACUACAUGACAUCGGUGUAUCCCGCAAUCAGCCCGAUGAUCUAUUCGUGGUCCGGGCAGAACACAGCGGGCGACACCAAGCGCAAGAUGACGACUGCCAUUCUGUUCAUCGGAGCUUCUGCCGGGAACAUUCUGGGCCCCAACUUGUAUCGCGCGGAUGAAAAACCUCGCUACACGCGUGGCCUGGCCGCGAAUCUGGCUCUCUUCAUCGCCAUCAUCGUGUUUGUGGGCGUUGGUGCUUUCUACAUUACCAUUCUGAACAAGAAGCAUGCGGCGGCCCGGCAGAGAAUGGGCAAAUCUGCGGAGGUUGUUGACUUGUCCAUGCAGAGCGCAUCGACUCUCACGCACAGCCAGAAGAUUGUCAACGACACCGACGGCGCCGGAGUGGGCGACAGGGCCUUCGAUGAUCUGACCGAUUUGAAGAAUGAAGACUUCAUUUAUGUGCAUUAG